UUCAAGUUUUAACUAACGGUCAAAGUAGGCUUAAAUCUUUAAAAGUUUACUUUUACUUGAAAUAUUAAAACAGCAUAACGUACAAUUGGUUUCUAUAAUAUAGUAACGUUCUAUAUUAUCAUAUAAAGGUUUUACCUGUGCUUGUAGCGCCAUAUCAAACACAAUGAUAAAAACUAAAAAAUGGUCUGGUGGAACUGAAGAGGAGUAUGAAACCCAGCACUUUGGUUUUGGGUCUCAACGACUGAAAAUAGCUGUUCGACAAAUGGUAGAAGAUAAGAUACGUGCAUCAGUAACAAAGGCUUUUUACGGUGUUCACAAUACUUUAGGAUUGAACGAAACUGAUGAAGUUUUAUUAGCCCAUACACGCGAGAAACUUAUUCGUCUUUAUUGUGAUAAAGCUAGCGCAGCAUUGGUUGUUAUUGAUACUGAAAUUGAAAAAAUGCUAAACAUACCGCCAAAUGUACUUUUACCAGAAGAUGACGAACAGUCUAAGCAGAUUUCUGAAACAGAGUAUAGCUCGUUGAAUGAAGAAGUAAAUAAUCUCAAGAAAAAAGUGCUGCGGGGUGCAUUGAUGGAAUCUUGGUUAUCUAAAGAAGAUAAAGAGUUAUCGUCAAUUGAAGAUGUUAUAGAACUCACAAAAAAAGAUAUGGAAGUGGUUGAUGUGAUGCAAAGGAAUUUAGAAAGUCCAGAUGCAGUUAAAGCUAUGAUUAACAAAGUUCAGUUUUUAAGUGCAAGAUUGCCAUUUAUUGAAAUUGAUGAUAAAUUGUAUAAAGAUUAGGGAUAGAGAUCAUUAGACUGUCGUUUGGGUCUACAGUAUUUUUAUAAUAAAUUGAAAGGAAAUCACGACAAUAUACAUAACAUAUUAAGUGGAUACAAUUUACUAUACAAUGCAAAGUAAAGAUAUCUCUUUAAUAUAUACAUUUUAGAAUGUAUGCUUUUUUAGACAUAUUAUUUACAUAAACAUGUACAUC